AUGGUUGCGCAGAAAGAGAUUGAUUUGAACUCACCUUUGAACGCUGAUGCACCAGCAUCGUUGAGCAAAACUUCGUUGACACCCGAGUUAACAAAUGCGGCAUUGGUAUUGCACGGAGACAAUUUCAAACAAUCCCAAGCUAAACUUAGCAGAUAUAUACUAGUACAUCCCAUUGCAAUCACCCUCUACACAGUAGCGUGUCCCUUAGUCAUUGCACGUUCAUUGUGGGAUUAUAUCGAAAUAAGUGACAAUUUGAUAGAGUUUUACCAAAUUCUAAUGAGAAACAAGACAGAUUUCGUGUUUUGCCUUUUUUCAGCAUUGCCUAUGCUUGCUGCUGUAUUUGGAUGCUUUGGUAUGCUUGCUUAUAUUUUGGGCGAUGAGUUGGGGUCAAUUACAAAUAAAUUUAUUGCUCAACGAUAUUGCGAUCAUGUGUUUGGAUUCGAUGUCAAGAAAUUUGCCAAUGUUAUAGAUGGCAAUUCGUCAUUAGCAGCGUUGGGGAAAAAUACUGAAAUUGUUGUUUAUAGAGAUUCUCCAAUCGCCAUUGCUACAAUUAAACCGGACUAUGAACAAUCAACAAAAGACAAUUUAAUAGUGAAAAUAACGGGGAUCCAUGUGCGUAAAGUUUUCCAAAAAGUUGAUUUCGAUCAAAUGUUGAUUGAAUGGGCAGUACUAAGAUCACGAGAAUUGUACCAAGAAUACUUAAAACUGAAAAAAAUUACGCUGGGUAAAACAAAUGGGUCGAUAUUGAUUACUAUGGAUGCUUACUCUUUUGAUAAACAGGGAGAAAACUUAUUGAUCAAAAACGGAUUCAAAUUGUUGAACAAAAGUAUUGUUUUGAAUCCAUAUGAUUCAAAAUUAAACAAACUUCAAAAAUCAAUACACCAAUUUUUAGGCCUCACUAAGGAUAGUUUUGGGUUAUUAUUGACUACUGACCUGGAAGAUGUUGAGUUGAUUAAGGAUAGUAGUCUUUUGAGGAAUGAAAACUCUGCAAAGAGAAGAGCUUGA